AUGUGUUUCGGAGGCAAAGCCGACAAGGAUGACAGUCCUGCCCCACGUCCCUCCCAACGGCCUCUCUCGGCCCAGCUGGACAGCAAGAUGAACAGCAGCCAGCAACCGCACUACGCGACGCCAACUGGCCCGCCGCCGGCUCAUAGCUCGGGUCAGGACUAUGGCCCUCCAUCCGGCCCCCCUCCGAGUCAGUCAUAUGCUGCUCCGAGCGGUCCGCCACCGGGUCGGACGGACGACUUCGCGCCCCCUCCAGGCCCUCCUCCGGCACAUGGAGGCUACGCACCGCCACCUGGACCUCCUCCUUCUCAUCGCCAGGACGAAUUUACAGCGCCUCCCGGCCCUCCCCCUGCCCACAACGACUACACGGCUCCUCCGCCGGGUCCGCCGCCAUCCGAUUCUAAGCCAAAGCACGACUGGGAGGCUGCUGUUCCUGACACCACCCUCUUUCCGCCGCCGCCGGCAUUCUUCAGCGGCUUUGACCGUUCGCCCGCUAACAAUUCCACCGAACAAGAGGCCGAGGCAGGCGAGGCCUGGAUCAAACAGUACCCUCUCGUAAAGCCCAUCGACCUGGACCCCACCGCCUUGGAAGCCCUGCGCACUCACAGGAUAUGGCUGCUCCAGCCUCAAGGAUUCCGCGGGACCAUGAGCCAGCCUGUCUCGGGCAAGUGGGAGGUCACCACGCAGAGGAACGCCCCGGAUAGCACCAUCAUCGGGUUCCCGCCCCUCUACUCUGUCAAGACACAUUCUCCCCACGCCACCGGCCGUCCUUUCAAGGUCUACUACGAGGUCAAGGUCCGCGGCUCGGCGAGAGAAGUUGACCUCGCCCUUGGCUUCACCGCCCUUCCCUAUCCCAACUUCCGACUUCCCGGAUGGCACCGCGGCAGUCUCGCAGUCCACGGCGACGAUGGCCAUAAGUACAUCAAUGACAGAUGGGGCGGCAAGACCUUCACGGACCCCUUCCGCCCCGGCGAGACGCUGGGAGUUGGCAUGUCCUUUACCGCCCAGGGUGGCAGCAUGAGAGUCGACAUCUUCUUCACCCGCGAUGGCCGACUGGUCGGCAGCUGGAACCUACACGAGGAGAGCGACGCCGAGCAGGACCUGCCGGUCACUGGACUCGAGGGAUACCACGACUUGAGCUGCGCCAUCGGCACGUUCCAGAAGAACGAGUAUGAUAUCAUCUUUGACCCAAACUUGUGGAAGUACAGACCUUGA